CGAAGUGAAAACUCAGCAGCUUCAGAGAAGAGAAAACCAAUCAGUACCAAAAAUGGUUACUCUGGCAGUGGGAGGGGUGGCAGUCACUCUCUCAAGCCUUCUGUGUGUGGUUCUUGUCUCCGUUCUGGUGAAGGUCCUUCACAAGCUCUGGUGGACUCCCACUCGAAUCUCGAAGUUGAUGGCGUCUCAGGGUAUCAGAGGCCCUCCUUACAGAUUCAUCCAUGGAAACACCAAACAAAUCGCCACCAUGAGAAAAGAAGCCAUGAGCAAGCCGAAGGAUUUAUCCCACGACAUACUUUCCGUUGUUCAACCGCACAUGCACUCUUGGAUCAUGAUUUAUGGGAAGAAUUAUCUACAGUGGCACGGUACUCGGGCUCAGUUUGUGAUAACGGAGCCUGAGUUGUGCAAGGAGAUACUGAAUAACAAAGAUAGAGCGUAUCCGAAAAGAGCGGUUCAGGGCUUUGUGAGGAAGCUGUUGGGGGAUGGGCUUGUCUCAGCGACCGACGGUGAAAAAUGGGGGAAACUGCGAAAGAUCGCGAACCAUGCCUUCCAUGGAGAGAGCUUAAAAAGCAUGCUUUCGGAAAUGGUCGCGAGUGCUGAGACGAUGCUUGAAAGGUGGAAAGACUAUGAUGGAAAAGAGAUUGAGGUGUUUGGAGAGUUUAAGCUGUUCAGUUCAGAAGUGAUUUCAAGAACGGCGUUUGGAAGCAGCUAUAUUGAAGGAAAGAAUAUUUUCGAGAUGUUGAAUAAUAUCGGCUUCCUGAUAUUCAAAAAUGCUCUCACAAUCAGAAUUCCCGGCAUCAGCAAGUUUUUGAAAACUAGAGAUGAGAUUGAAGCAGAAAAACUUGAGAAAGCAGUACAUGCCUCCAUAGUAGAGAUUGUUAAGAAAAGAGAAGAGAAGGCUAUGACCAGAGGAGAAGACAGCUUCGGAAGUGAUUUUCUUGGAUUACUUGUAAAGGCUUAUCAUGAUUCCAAUGACGACCAGAGGAUUUCAGUGGAUGAUUUGGUCGACGAGUGCAAGACCUUUUACUUUGCUGGACAGGAAACCGUUAAUACUUCGCUUGCUUGGACUGUGUUUCUUCUGGCACUCCAUACGAAUUGGCAAGAGGAAGCAAGAAAGGAAGUCAUACAGUUAUUUGGCAAACAAACUCCGAAUCACGAUGGCAUUGCAAAAAUGAAAACGAUGAGUAUGAUCAUCAAUGAGUCUCUAAGGUUAUAUACCCCUCCAGUUUCAAUUACAAGGAAAGUUGAAAGGGAAGUUAGACUUGGACAGUUCAUUGUUCCUGCUAAUGUUGAUUUAGUUAUCUCGACCAUAGCAAUUCACCAUGAUCCUCAAAUCUGGGGGAAAGAUGUACAACUCUUUAAACCAGACAGAUUCUCGGAAGGGGUUGCAAAAGCAACUAACAAUAACGUAGGCGCAUUCAUACCCUUUGGACUGGGACCUCGAACGUGUGUGGGCUUGAAUUUUGCAACCACUGAAGCAAAGAUUGCGCUGUCGAUGAUUCUACAGCGUUACUCCUUCACCCUGUCUCCAGGUUACAUCCACUCACCCUUGCAUUAUCUGACAUGUCGUCCACAACAUGGAGUUCAGGUAAUGCUGCACUCACUUUGAACUGCAAAGACUAGAAUUUCCAUGAUUCUUGCACUAGGUGGAUCGAUCAAGCACAGAGACUAGUUACUAGCAGGAGCAAGCUUUUUGUGCACUUAUCUUAUUUGGUAUUUUUAGUCUGAGCAAUCUUCCAUCUACUAUCAUUUAACGUCAACAGACUCAACACAACUAUGUUAAUCCGUUGUCAUUUAAGCUUUUCGAGACAAUUGUUCUCCUUUGUUUGCAGCAUUUUUAAAUAAUCCAAAGCUUUUAUCUUACAAUUGUAAA